AUGUCGUCGACACCAGCUACCGAAAGCAGAAAGAUGCGCCAACGUAACUCGGAGGCCAGUCACAAGAUGACAACUCGUGGCCGCCCGUAUCCAGCACAAGAUAACAAGGAGAUGGAUAGAUUGAGAGAGGAGAACGAACAACUCCUUCGACAAGUUCAGCAACUCCAGGAGGCGGAGCUUCGAUCUCAAGAGAAUUAUCGAUUGGUGGUGGAUGAGUACAAUGGAUUGUUAGAAGAGAAGGAGAGAGAGAACGAGGAGCUCCGUGAGCAAGUGAGACAACUGGAAGAGUCUGAUGUCAAAUAUCGACAAUUGGUAGAAGACUGGAAUCAAUUAGUUGGAGACUUUGACCAGUUGAAACAAGAAACAGAGAGACUGGAGGCGGAGAUUGAGGAGACGAAUGAGAAAUUCGAGGAAUACUCGAAAGAGAUGGUGGAGAAACUGGAAGAAGCUCAGGAUGAAAAACUGGAAAAAGAAGAAGAAAUUGAGGAAAUGAAGGAACAUUUUAAGAUGAGAAGGGACAAUAUGGCUCACAACAUGGAGGUGCUUCGAGAGGAGAAGGAAAAGGAGAUUGAGAAGUUGAGGGGACUCCUCGAGGAGUCCAACAACAAAUCAUACGGAUUCAGAUCAAGACAAGUCAAAAGGAGACUUUUCAAUCGAUUGGAUAAUGCAUUGGAGUUUGGAGAUGAGGAGGAGAAGAAGCAGGCUCAACGGAACAUCAAGACGAUGAGUGUCAUGCUGAGGAAUGGAGAGGAAAUCGAAGAGUUGGUCGAUUCGGAGAACUAA